UUGCCUAGUGACAACAUGUCGGAUAUGAAAUGGAGUAAAAACGAGCUUCAACCAGACAGGGAGGAAAAACAAGCCCUACUGUUCAGCGGCUUCUCAGCGUGGGCUCUGCCUUCAACUAACAUCAAGAUCACACAAGCAUUGCCUAUGCAGCUCUCAGACUCAAACCAGCCUGUGACAUGUCCACUGUUCUGGACUGAAUUUGAGGGUUACUGUUACCGCUUCUUUCCCCUGAACCGCACAUGGGCUGAGGCAGAUCUGUACUGCGCUGAGUUCUCAAACGGACACAAAUCUGCCAAACUCACCUCUGUCCACAGCUGGGAAGAAAAUGUGUUUGUCUACGAUCUUGUGAACAGCCGUAUGCCAGGAAUUCCAACAGAUAUUUGGAUUGGCCUGCAUGACAGAAGACAGGAGGGCACUAUGGAGUGGACAGAUGGGUCACCCUUUGAGUACAGUUACUGGGAUGGAAAUCAGCCAGAUGAUGGGAUUCAUCGCAUCCCUGAGGAGGAGGACUGUGUGGAGAUUUGGUACAGACAAAACAGUGCUCUGAGGUCUUGGAAUGACAACAACUGCGAUAAGGCUUUUCCAUUCGUCUGUAAGAUUCCAACCCUGGAAAACUAACCACAGAUUGUUUAUCAAGUUCAUCAUCAACAACACUGACACUAGGAACAAAGUGUCCGCAGAUCUAAAUCCCUCCAUCAUAGAUGGGCUCUUUCCAGCUCUACUAUAGGCUCUUCACAUGCACUUCUGUCCCGUCUCCUGCCCCCAUCACUGCUGUCAUAAUGCUGUUUUCUGGCUCCUCUGAGGCAGUGAGUCAUGACACACACAUUCCUGCAUUUAACGCUAUUAGAAAUGAACUUUUUGUUUCCCUCUCCAGAGGUAGUUGAUUAUGUGGGCUAUUCUAGAAUUGCGGGUACAUUGAAUCUUUAGCAUGUUCUAUUAGUUCUUAAAAACAAAAACUUUAUUGAAAACGUUUUGAAUAGCAUCACAUAUUCUAUCGAUUAUCUCUAAAAAAUAAUGUUUGAAAUUUGUGUUUACCAUUUUGAAAAUAUUAACGUAAAGAUUUACGUUAGAUAUACCUAUAUUUGACCGUCUCUGUCCCUGAAUCUUCAAUUAUCAUGAAACUAUUGUCUAGUUGUCAUCUUUUUUGUGUUUACUCUACUAAGUUGAACAAACAUUUGCAUGAAACAUCUAUUUUCUGUAUUAUUUGUAAUUUUGGUUAUAAAAAAAAAAAGAUUUGUGUCUGUUCCUUUUCAUUCUUGUCAACUCUGUUACAUCAGUUAUAUAAAAAGGCAUACAAAUUUUUAAAGCAAUAACCUCCUAGGGCUUAGUGGCCACAUACAUGGACAGCACAUUUUAGAUCUUAAGUGGAUAUUUAAAAUACUUUGAAUGCUUUAUAUUUUGUUCCAGACAUACAGUGUCAUCCUACAACUGCUUUGCAGCAUAGGAAAUGUUCCAAACACUAUUUUUAACUGUCCAAAAUGGGCAAAAAAAUGUCAUUUUUUACUUUCUGAUAGUCAGAACAUGUUAAAAAAAUAUGAAUGUUUUAAUGAUGCAUUAAAACACAGUCAGGAUUUAUGGAAAUUCGGACCACAAGUCCACAUAUAUGGACAUCAUUUUUUCAAAUUUUUCUAGUACAACAUAUCAAAAGAUGAUACCUAGGUUUUUUUCUAAUAAGGCUCCAAUAAGCCCAAAUAGCAAAGAGAAAUUAAAAAUGCAUGUAAAAAAACAGCUUGGGCCUUAAGAGGUUAAUAGAAAAAGCAUGUGAUUUGCUCCAAGUGGUCACAAAACUUCAGAAGGCAUUUAAUUCCUCUCAUUCAUUAUUGUUUGGGAUACACCAAUAAUAGAUUUUCAACUCUGUUAUUGUGAAAUUUCAGUUAAUUUAAUUUCAUCUACUUUUUAAAAACAAUAAUAUGAUGAAACUUGAUAAAAUUCAGUCUUAGAAAUGUCAUGGUAUCUAUUUUGAGGUUAUCAUCUUGAGCUAACGCACAAAUGGGUGGAAAAUAUCAAGUCUGUUAGCGGUUCAAAUAAUAAUUUAAACAAUAAUUAGUAACAAAAUCAAAGUUUCUCAAUAGGAUUUAAACAUUAUUUGAUAUUAAUAAUAGAUUUAGUUUUAUGUAAAUUGUUCAUUUGUUGUAUGUCAUUCUGGUUUAAGGAAAAUGAAUGGAAAGUGCUUGAAUUGUACCCGCAAUUCUGGAAUGAGUCCAGUGUUUAGAUUAGGUAUUGAUGUUGGGGAUAUUCUUAAAAAUUACUGUUAUAAACUGUCAUGCUGUACAUGUAUGACAUAGAUAGCAAGUAGAAAUUCUAGUGUCCUACAACAGUAAAUGGAAACUCACCCAUCAUCAUGUGGCUGAUAAUAUUAAGUGGACAUUAUUUGCUUUUUUCAAUGUACAGGUUAAAAAUAUCUAUAAAUGAGCAAUUUUCCAUAUUUUGUGAGUCGUGUUUUUAUUUUUCCUGUUUAUUUAUGCUGUUGAACUGCAUUAUGGGACUUUGAUCUUUCUUCCAACAACUUUUAACCUUGAAAAGUUUGAAAAAGCAACAUUUAUUCACAUUUGUAAUAGUUUUAGGUGAUAAUAUCUGGUUUGGUGUUGUAUAUCAAGGUAUACAAACCUUGCAAUAAUCUGCCAGUACGUUCUCUGUUAUUUUACAGACAGAUUUUUCUAUAUAUUAUUUCUCAUACUAAAAUGUGAAUUAAAGUCACUUUAUUAAACUGUAGAGUUGAAUUUUCAACAUCAAUAGUCGACAGAGCAGAGGUCAAGAUCCCAUUAUGCAAUUUACAAUCGUAAAUAAAUGGAAGACACAUGUAAAUCACAAAAUACAGAAACUGUUAUGAACAGAUAUUUUUUAGAGUGAAUUUUUCAGAAACCCCAAAUGUCUGUUUUUAAUGAGAAGGUGGUCACAUUUUUAACGUUUCACAGACAGGAAUGUUAGCUGAUGUUACGACUCCUGAGUCUGGGUCUGUCAAUGUCCAUUUAUCUAUUGCUGACCUAGAAGGUGAGAUUGUGAAGGGUUUAAAUCUCUGUUUACUGCAAAAGUUCAAAAGUCAGACCAAGCUUAACCUCUGCCGACCUUUUCCACUCUUCUCUGUAGUUAUAGGCCUUGCCAAUUAGUGACUUUAAAAAAAUCUCUGUUCUGAUCCACACAGCUGCUAGGAGAGCACAUUUUUAUAUCUGCAUCACUCUCAGAAAAAUUGUAAAUGUAAAAAUUCAGUUUUUUUAUUUUCAGAAAGUUCAAAGUGAAAUGAUUACUGAAUAUCAUUAAAUAAUUUUUUUUUAAAAAUCCAAAACAAAUAACAGAUUGUGGCAGAGUUUUGUUUAUUAUUGCUAUUUUACCUUGUUUUAAUGUGGGCUUUUCACUAUUUUUGUCAUAAUGUGUGUUUGCAGGACUCAUACCCAUACCAAAUAAGUUUACCAUAAUAAAAAAUGCAUGCAUAUGGA